AGACGAGGGCCUUUGCGCUACAUGGAGAAUGAUGCUGUACUCUCAGCAACAAGGGGUACGCAAGUACAGCUACGUACACGGUACCUGCUGGAAGAGUACAGCAACAAGCUUCCGUGUGCCUUGUAUUCUCAGUUACGUAGUCUACCCUUCUGAUAAGUGGUCAACCGUUGAACAACGGGCACUGCAGUGCACUGCUCCAUGGGAGACGCGUAUCGGGAAACCGCCCGCGCGUCACAUCCGACAUAAGUAUGGAGGUUCGCAUUCAGCUGCCGAGACAUUACAACGCAACUUUCUUCGCCAUCCACGACGCCGACCCUAGACCGGCCGCUGCAUAGCAAGUCAUGGCCGAGGUCAACCAGCACCCCGAUGUCGUCGCACCGCCAGACUACACCAUAGUCGAAGUUAACAUACCAGAUGGGCCAUACGCAACCCUAUCAUUCGACCGCAUCGAGACGGAUCCAAUGAACGGGGCCCGCUCAUGCCCGAUCCACUCAGCCCACUCAGCAGACCCGUUCAACGACGCCUGCUCAUGCCCGCGUCGCGGAACAUACCACGUCCAGGACCCAUUCCGGGAGUCCGACUCGGACAGUGGAGAGGAAACACCCGCGACGGAGUCCUGUCAGCGCGAGCCCGUCGCAGCUAGACUCUUGGACCUCCAUGCUCGCAUUAUCCACGGCGCCUUCUCCGGACUUCUAUACCUGAUACUGUGCGUUGCGUAUACGUCGAUGACUACCUUCAUCGGCUGGAGGACCAUGACCUCCUCCGCGUGCGUCUUGGAGAUCUUCUCCGCGGCGACAGCCGGCACCAUCAUCCUCGCGGUCAUGUCACUCUACAAAGGCGCCGAGGUGGUGGGGGAGCCGCGGACCGGGACACUCCUUCCUGCGCCGCCUCAGCGGAUCCAGCGUCAUGAUUGGGCGCAAUACCCCGCGCGUCCAGACUACAUGGCGUUGGUAUUGUUGCUGAGCGGCUUGUGUGGUCCCGCAUUGGGCCUGUCGCUGCCGUUCGAGGGACGGAACGCGCCAGGGGAUGCCGACUACGAAGGACGCGCUGGCGUGGGCGCAUUCGGAACGGCGAUCAGUCUCGCGCUGUUCGUUAUGGUAGCCAUUAUGGUGACGGCUCUGAGCGUCCUUAGGCAGAAGAUACGGUACCGGGUGUAGGGAGAUGUUCCUAGGAGGUAGUGGGAGUCUGCAGGUAGUUUGGUUGAAUGUGGGCCUGGAAUGACAGAAAGCAGCGACGGACUUACGUUUCGGAAUACAUGUUGUCAACAUUCGCGUACUCAAGGCAUCAGUGUUGGUGAAGCCCUCUGCGCGACUGGCCUCCAGGUCGUCGAACACGCCAGUGUUCGAAGCCUCCCAGUAUCAGUGCCGGCCUAGUAAGGAGACAAGAAUUCAAUUUGGCAGAGUGGCCGGUAUGUUGU